GGUCGUCUCUGGGUCCCGGAGCAGAGCUCAGGAGCCCAGGGGAGUCGCGAAGUUUGUCUGGAGCAGUAGUGGGAGUGGGUUUGUCGAGCAAGGACUUUCUUGGGAUGAGGGCUGCUUUCUUGCCUGGCUUGUGGAUGCACAGUCCGAUUUAACCCCUGCACCUCCCGCUCGAGCCCAGCAGGCUUGUCCUCCCCCGGGAUUCACAGAUCUCCGAGGACGCGGGUCGCGGAGCCCUCGGCAAGGCUCUUCUGGGUUCCUGGGCCAGUGCAUAAGUUCCACGCAAGCACACGCGGAGAAAGGUGUCUCACCGGCCCGCGGCGGCUCUGUGCGGUCCCCUCCUGCCUCAGCAUCCUCGGCCCCGAGCGGCGCCCACCGGCAUGGAGGUGCUGGAGAGCGGGGAGCAGGGCGUCCUGCAGUGGGACCGCAAGCUGAGCGAGCUGUCAGAGCCCGGAGAGACCGAGGCCCUGAUGUACCACACGCACUUCUCGGAACUUCUGGAUGAGUUUUCCCAGAACGUCUUGGGUCAGCUCCUGAAUGACCCUUUCCUCUCAGAGAAGAGUGUGUCCAUGGAGGUGGAGCCAUCUCCAACAUCACCAGCGCCUCUCAUCCAGGCUGAACACAGCUACUCCCUGAGCGAGGAGCCCCGGGCUCAGUCACCAUUUACCCACGUGACUACCAGCGAAGGCUUCAAUGAUGAGGAGGCGGAGAGUGAGAAAUGGUACCUGUCUACAGAGUUUCCUUCAGCCACCAUCAAGACAGAGCCAAUCACAGAGGAGCAACCCCCAGGACUUGUUCCCUCUGUCACUCUGACCAUCACAGCCAUUUCCACUCCUUUUGAAAAAGAAGAGUCCCCUCUGGAUAUGAGUACUGGGGUGGACUCCUCGUGCCAGACACUUAUUCCUAAGAUUAAGUUGGAGCCUCAUGAAGUGGAUCAGUUCUUAAACUUCUCUCCUAAAGAAGCCUCUGUGGAUCAACUGCAUUUACCACCAACACCACCCAGUAGUCACAGCAGCGAUUCUGAGGGCAGCCUGAGCCCUAACCCACGCCUGCAUCCCUUCAGCCUGUCUCAGGCCACCAGCCCUGCCAGAGCCGUGCCCCGGGGCCCCUCUGCCUUGUCCACAUCUCCUCUCCUCACCGCUCCACAUAAGCUGCAGGGAUCUGGCCCACUGGUCCUGACAGAGGAAGAGAAGAGGACCUUGAUUGCUGAGGGCUACCCUAUUCCAACCAAACUUCCUCUGACCAAGUCUGAGGAGAAGGCCCUGAAGAAAAUCCGGAGAAAAAUCAAGAAUAAGAUUUCUGCUCAGGAGAGCAGGAGAAAGAAGAAAGAAUACAUGGACAGCCUGGAGAAAAAAGUAGAGUCUUGUUCAACUGAGAACUUGGAGCUUCGGAAGAAGGUAGAGGUGCUGGAGAACACCAACAGAACUCUCCUUCAGCAGCUUCAGAAGCUUCAGACUUUGGUGAUGGGGAAGGUCUCUCGAACCUGCAAGCUAGCUGGCACACAGACUGGCACCUGCCUCAUGGUCGUUGUGCUGUGCUUUGCCGUUGCAUUUGGCAGCUUUUUUCAAGGCUAUGGGCCUUAUCCUUCUGCCACCAAGAUGGCUCUGCCCAGCCAGCAUCGCCUGUCAGAGCCGUACACAGCCUCCGUGGUGAGAUCCAGAAACCUGCUAAUCUAUGAGGAACACUCUCCCCUGGAGGAGUCGUCCAGCCCGGCCUCAGCUGGGGAGCUUGGGGGCUGGGACAGAGGCUCUUCUCUGCUCCGGGCCUCCUCAGGCCUUGAGGCUCUGCCAGAGGUGGAUCUUCCCCAUUUCAUUCUCUCCAAUGAGACAAGCCUGGAGAAGUCUGUGCUGUUGGAGCUGCAGCAGCACCUGUGAGUCCUGUGGGAACAGACCCAGUGGCUGACAGCGGAGUGGUCAGCAGCAAACUUGAAGGGAAUGAAACGCUCAAAGUUGUAGAACUGGAGAGGAGAGUGAAUGCCACCUUCUAAGGAGCCAUCUCCACCCUCCUCUUCUCCUUACACCAUCUUUGCCUCCCCAGACUGCCUUGCUCAUAAGUUUCUCCUUCACCGCUGGAUCUUGAGGAUGUGGACUAGUGUUAUUAUGGCUUCAGAUGGGAGGCCAGUCUGGGGGUUUCUGCUUGUGUGUCCCCGAGGCUCUAUGCAAAAGGGAGCUGGUGCCUCUCCAUCCCUUUCUCUUACUGCCAGAGGAAAUUAUUUUAGGAGUGUGGUAGGGGUGGGAUGAGCAGGCUUGUUUCCACCAAUAGUGCUAUGAUACUGCCUGAUUCUUCCCGGUGAGGUGUGACCCCUCUGAAGAAGACAUGACUUGUGUUCAGUUGACAUCGCAGACUUUGGCCACAGAUAUGCCACAAACAUGUUGGGGAGUGGCAAAGCACUGACUCCUGCCCUCUCUUGCUCAGGACUCCAGCAUGACCCUGCCUGCGCUGAGAGUACCAGAGCAUCAUUCCAGUCUCCUCUCCGUUCUGCACCCCAGAGUCCUUAUGGGAUGCCCUCACAGGCAGAUGGGACUCUCACCAUAUUUUCAGGCCGCAAGUGCAAUUUCUGAAGGCAUCAGGCUCUUCUCCUCCAGGCCAUCUUUCCCCUUGUGUUGCUUGUAGGAUACAUCCCUGCCCCUACACACACACACACACACACACACACACACACACACAAAUACACACAGCCUGCAUUCCCAUGGGACAGUAGCUCUGUGUGCCUGGCUUCCCCUCCCCAUUUGUAAAUAGUAUUUAUUAGCUUGCUGCAGCUCCCAGCUGACCAUAGUAAAAAGAUUCCAUGACCCCUUCUGACAAGCAAAGUCUUCUGUUGGCCUUUGGAACAGAAGAGUCCCCAGGAUCUGGGACUCCUAGUCUUUCUAGUUGAUGCCUUGUUUUCUCCUUUUCUUUUCUUUUUAAAAUUGGAGAUCUAUAAAAUAAUUGCUGUCGGGAAAUCCCCUUAAGCAUGUGUCCCCUGUUGGAUGAAUACAUGGGGAAUGAUGGAACACUGUCGUCUUGGUCAGGCUCCAGCCUCUAUGGCCACUUGCUUUCUCCAUUCCUGUGAUAGAGACGGGAAACCUUGACCCUGACAGUAGGCAUUGCUGACAACCUUGCUAGCUUGUCCUGCAUUUCCCUUACCUCCCUCCUUCCCUUCUGCCCUCCCUCUACCUACCUUAACUAAGGGGGGCUGGAGUUGGUGACAUUUGUACAUCCACAGUCGUACCUUUUGCAGUCAGUUUUGGCUACUUUGCAGCUCACCCAAAGAGACAUAACUAACCCCUAAACUCCUUUUAUUUUUUUUUUAUGAUUAAAAAGUAAAAUUUGUAGUUAAAAAGUCCUUUCCUCUUUCAUACAAAUAAGAAAUGGAAAUUAUGCUUUUAUUGUAUAAAAUAGAAGACUCUUUUAAGUGUUCCCUCAGCCCCCUAGAUUGUACAACAUUUUAGGUAAGAAAUGUGCUUACACUUUGUAUUUUAUUUUUAGCAGCAGCUGAAGGGCCUUUAGAUUUUUGGCUUCUCACUCUCAUUUUCUCUUUACCAUCACCAUCUUUGUGAUCAUUAGAGCCUGUAUAAAAGGGGUUAUGGUCAUACUGGCCUUUACAUUCUGUGCUAUAUGUAGGUAGGACUUCAUGUCAUUAAUGUUUGCUGUUUGGGCCCAUGAGCAGCUCCCUACUUGGUUUGCUCAGGCCAUCAUAGGGAAUGAUACUUCCCUUUCUCCUCUCUUCCUUUCUUUCUUCCUCCCAUGGUGAGCUCCCAGCUGGCAGAUGACCAAGUUCAAGACUACCCUACUGCCUACAGGGCUGAUACUGUCCCCUACAGGCAAGGCUCAGCUACCUGGGCUGUACAGAGAGGCUGGCUAGUGACAACCUCCUUUCUUUUGGUCUUCUCUCUUCCCUUGAUCUUUCUGGGCCUGGCCCAUCCUUUUUUUUUUAAUGCCAUAUGUUUAUGCAUAAUAAACAUUUAAAAAGUGAUGCCUGUGGGAGCCUAGGAAGGGAAAAAACUAGGAUGAAGUAAUGUUUGUGUGAUGAGAAAGAAAAACUUUGCACUGAAGGGCAGAAGUGGGGUUUUAGGCUGAUGUGUCCAUUUGGUGAACUGAACCUUGGUUUUUUGAUGUGCCUGGAGAGUUGGGGUGGAGGCCCCAUUUAUGGAUGAGGAGGGAGAAGGAACUGUCUAGUCAUGUCCUUAGUUCUCUGAGGACCUUAUUUUCUUUUCUCCCUACUCUUUUGGAUGUCAUUGUCUCCAGACAGCAGGGCCCUUUGUCUCUGGGAAAUUGGCCUUCCAGAAUAGAAUCUGUAACGAGAGAUGUGGGACAUUAGCCAGAGAACUCAAACAGCCCUUUAAAGGAGCUCUGUGCAGCCAACACUACCAGUCUAUGAGAAAAACCUCUGCCCUCAGCUCCUGGCUCAGGGAGUGAAGGGGAUUAAGCAGUGAUCUUUCUGGGAUGCUCAGUGGACCCAGCAGAGUUGGAUGAGACAGGAUAGGUUACAAGUAAUUAAUGGUUGUGCACAAACUUUCUGUUCAAGGUUUACGGCUAGAAUAUCGGUUUUUCUCACCAACUGAGCUGUCCUGCAGACCAGUCAAUAACUUAUGGUUACCCCUGAAGGUUUUAAAUAGUGGCAGACCUUAGCACCUUGAACUGAAAUUGUGAAAAUGCCCAGCUGUUAGAGAAGCUUGCUAUGUUUCUCUGCCUUGUAGACAGGUUCCCCUUCACUUUAAAAUUACUUUAGAGAUGGAGGUAUCUUGCAAGGAUUUAGAGAACAAGUCCCUUUGUCCCUAGAUGAGACCUGAGGAACCCAGUUGCCCCCUCCUCCUGGAUCUUUUCACAGCUCCCAACUUCACAGUGGGAAGUAGAUGCUGUAAAUGAGAAGAAUCAGCAGCAGCAUCGAGGAAGAGGCUUUGAAGUGUCAGGACUCUUGUGGAGUGUAGCUCACACAAAGAGAGUGCUCUAUAAAAAUCUGACAGCUGAACUCAGUUGCUCCUUCCUGGCAGAAGUGGAGGUGGGAUCUAACAUCAGUGCAGACAAAAUUAGAUAACCAUUCAGUUCAUAGGAAUGGUUUUGUGGACUAGGAAAACAGCUUUGGGGGCCACAUUAUUUACAGACUAUACAUACUAGGUCAAUAGAUGCUCCCUUUUAAUCAUCAAUUCCACUUGGAUGCCCCACAGUGCCUAUGAAUAUUUUGUCCAUAUACAGCAUGGAUAUUGAACUACUUAUGUGUCCAUCAUUUUACCACAGGUGUUUUGUUAAAAUUCUUCCCAUGCUUUAUGUCCCCUUUAUCCCAUCUUUUUUCUCAGACCCAGAAAAAAGCAGCAAAACAGAAUUUGAAGUAUCCCUGAGCCAGCUUCUGUGGAUAUACUUGCCUUGUUAGGCAUGUAUGUGAGCCCCAUGGAGAAAUGGAGACAUCUUGUCCCUACCUGAGUUGUAGACAUCUGCCUGAUCCUUGCCGACAUGGAGGCAUGGAAAUGGGAGAAAAGGUGUUUAGUUGCUAAUUUGCUCCUGCUGAGCCAAGUGUUUGAGAAACCUGGAUGAGCACUUGGCACUUCUCUUGCAGCAGGACCUGUGGAGCCAUGAACAGUAGGGUCUUAGUGAGAAGCACUUUAUUGCAACACUUGUAACAGAAGCAGUUAGCAGAAGGGGGAUCUGAUAAGUUCUGCUCCCACCACCCAGAGGCAGUUACAGGAGAGUGGGGAGAGCAGUAAGUGGGGGCUGAAAGGAACCAAUAUGGACAGAUUCUAGCUCAUCCAUUCAUUCACUCCCUAGACUUUGCAGUUUUACUAAGGAAAAACAGGUUUCCUGAGACAUGUUGGGAAUGUUGGAAAAUAAGAGGGACUUGGAAAACCAGUUUGCCAGUCGCCAUUCAGAAGACCCAAGGACUAAUGUACUCUCUCUCUCUCCUUCCUCCUCCCUCCCUCUUUCUCCCUUCCUUUCUCCUCCUCCACACACAUACACAUUCCUCUUCUAGGUACUCAUGCCUCCAAUGUGCCUUAUAUCUGAACCCAGGAUGGCAGGAAUUUCCUGUCCCUGAAAGGUGUCAUGUAUUACUAUAUAGCAUUAGAUUGAAGUUGUGGGUGGGUGCUUUGUCCAUAGAUGGUUCCCUAAAAGUGAACUGGUGUUAAAUUUGCCCAACAGAGGAAAAGAAAUGGGGCUAUAUCCAUUAGGAAAAUACCAUUUUGUAAAUAGAGGUGCAAUCACAUAAAACAAUGUGACCAGCCAGGAUUAAAGGUAUUCUAAAUCCUCACCACAGAGCAUUUUCUGGAUGCAAAGACAUUAGCCCAUUUGAAAAUUAAUACUCUGUGCCUCUGGGCCAAUAGGUCAGCACAAUGCACUAGGGAGAAAAACAUUAACUGUUUGUGGCAGCAUAAAAUUCAGGACUGCCUUUGUCUCGGUUUCUAGAAGGAAGGUUGUAUUUUCUGAUUAUUUUUCUAAGAUGUUGAGUAUUGUGCUAGGUUAGCUUUGAGCCUUUGAACUUGACUGAAGUGGAAAGCAAGGGUGACUCAUUGCCAUAAGAAGUAAAUGUUGGGGGGGGUAUGGUAGUGUCUAGAGUUGAUUCUGAAGACACACAGAUGAUUUUUGGCUCUCUGGGCAGAAUCAGCUCUAUCCACUGCAGCGGCCCCACUGUACAGUGCUCAGCUCUCUGCCUCUUUCUGAAAUGCCCUCUGCAUGCCUGUCUGGUGCCCUUCUUAUCCUAGCUCCUGAGGCUUCUGGGUGCAUCUGGAUGAAGGGAAUCCAGAUUCCGGCUCCAUUUCUCUGCUUGUCUUUUGCUCAACAGCAGGAUGGGAAUGGUACUUUUGUGCACACAUGGCCUGCAUAGCUUAGGGACUCUACCUAAGCACGUUAUAAGGUCUAUAGGAAGCACCAGCACUCGGGCGCACUGUGGGUGGCUGACCCUCCUUAGCAGUGGAGAGCAGAGCCCAGAGGCUGAUGCAGGCAUCAGUGAGCUUUCCUUGCCUAGACUGGCAACUGACUUUUGCUCUCUUUUGAAAGACUCUAGAUAAAUCAGCGUUGUUUAAAUCCAGCUGACCUGUUGCACUGUUUUAUGGCUUAUCCUUCAUCUUAGCUAAUUAAAUACCAAAAAAAAAAAAAAAAAUAAAAUAAAAGAAAGUAAAGCUUUGUAGUAUACUUGUACUUAGUUUGAAAAAAUUGAAAUUGUAAUGCAUUUGUAUUUCCAUUUCUUGCAAAUAAAUAUUUUUCUUAGUCAAA